GGAGCCGGAGAGGAGAUGGAGUCGCCGGAGGCGGUGAGCCCGUCGUCGGGGAGAGGGGCGGGGGAGCGGCCGUCGGAGGCGGCGGCGCUGCGGGCGCUGGUGGAGCGGGUGCGGGGCGGGGAGGUGGAGGCGGCGCGCGAGGUGCGCCGCCUCACGCGGGCCUCGGCGCGGCACCGCCGGAAGCUGGCGCCCGCCGUGGAGCCGCUCGUCGCCAUGCUCCGGUCCGGCAAGCCCGCCGGCGCCGGCGAGGCCGCCCUGCUCGCGCUGCUCAACCUCGCCGUCAGGGACGAGAGGAAUAAGAUCAAGAUACUGGAUGCCGGUGCGCUUGACCCACUGCUUGGUUACUUGCAGUCGAGCGAUCUGAACUUGCAGGAGUAUGCAGCAGCUGCCAUCCUCACUCUCUCGGCCUCGUCCACGAAUAAGCCCAUCAUAAGCGCGUCCGGAGCAAUCCCUCUCCUUGUCAAGGUCCUGAAAGAAGGGAAUCCGCAGGCCAAGAAUGAUGCUGUGUUGGCUCUCUACAACCUCUCCACCAUUGCAGAUAACCUUCCAACCAUCCUUUCUGUCCAGCCUGUCCCCCCUUUGUUAGAGUUACUAAGGGGUGGCAAGAGGUCCUCCAAGACAGCUGACAAGUGCUGCGCCCUUCUGGAAUCGCUGCUCGCCUUCGAUCAAGGACGGGUGGCCCUGACUUCAGAGGAAGGCGGAGUGCUCACCAUCGUGGAGGUGCUUGAGGAAGGAUCCCUCCAAGGUAGAGAGCACGCCGUUGGAGCGCUCCUGACCAUGUGCGAGAGCGACCGCAGUAAAUACAGAGACUCUAUCCUGAAUGAAGGCGCAAUCCCAGGUCUUCUUGAGCUCACCGCCCAUGGCACCCCCAAGUCCAGGGUGAAGGCGCACACCCUCCUCGACCUGCUGCGUGACUCGCCCUACUCGAGGUCGAAGCUGCAGCCCAACACGCUCGAGAACAUCGUCAGUAACAUUGCUUCUCAGAUCGAUGGGGAGGACCGCGGUGGCAAGGCCAAGAAGAUGCUUGCCGAGAUGGUCAAGGUCAGCAUGGAGCAGAGCUUGAGGCACCUCCAGCGUCGGGCUUCUUUUGCUUGAAGUUCCUUCGACCUUCACCUGUUUUGCUUGCUUGCAACGGGAUCGAUGUAGAGAAGAUAGCGAAGAAGAAGAAUAACGAAGACUGAGAUUGCUGGAAGAUGCCGGUCCAGGCCUUGACGGGACCGAGUGACUGGUGUAAGCGCUCCUCAAACACUCUGAAGUUUCUUGAUGAUGACAUACUAGGUCCUUUUUCGGACUUCGAUCUUGUGUGCUGUUCCGAAAGAGAAAGGACGAAUUUUCUUCCACUUCCCAUGUUUUGUGCAUGUACCAAGAGAAAAAAAGUGUAAACAAAAAAAAAGGAAAAGAGAAAAAGAAAAAGAAAGAGACACCUCCUUUGAAGAAAGGAUUGUACAUACGUGAUAUAAAGAUAAAGUUCCCCACUCUAUCAUGUCUGAAAA